AUCUUUAUCAAUUGUCUCUAGAAAUGAGAGAAAUUGAGAUAAAGCAUCACCCAAUAGAUAUCAGGAAAAAAUUUCCAACAUUUACAAAGCAACAGACUUUCUCUACUCUGGGCUAUGAAGACAGGAGUAGUUUGACAAGCAGUCUUCUUCAUCUGAGUAGCCUCUUAAUCCUCUGGCCUUUGCAAGGUCUUUCAACUUCCGAAGUUUCAAUGUUUCUACAUCCGAUAACUCGCCUGUCUCUGCGUUCACUGCUGUUUUACUGUGGAGGUGAUGAAGAUGGUGGAGGUGAUGAAGAUGGUGUUGGUAAACUCUUACUGAAAUUAGAUGGUGGCCUUGUUUGCUUCAAAUCCACCACUUUUGUUGCAUCACCUUUGUUCCUCAUUCACUGCUUUGUGUUAGAGACACCUCUCUCCACCUUGAUGCCGCCUUGUUUUCUUUGAUUGAUCUACCAUGUGCCAAAGAAACAUAGAAGACAAAUAAAUAACUUCACAAUUG